UCUCGUUAGGUCAUAGGGAUUUUAAGUUAAGAUGCCUCAAGGUAGAAUUGAAGACAGAUUGCGCAGUGUUGCACAAGAUGCACCAGUGGUGCCCGAGAAGGUCAUAGAGACCAAACCGGUCGACCGGGAAAAGACGUGCCCUCUACUGCUUCGUGUGUUCGUUUCAGACAACGGUAGACAUCAUAGAAUGGAAGAAUUUUCAAGAACCUCGUUGCCAGGAAAUGAACUUCAAAUAUAUACAUGGAUGGAUGCCACACUUAAAGAAUUAACAAGCUUAGUCAAAGAAGUACGACCAGAUGCAAGAAGAAAGGGGACCACAUUCAAGUUUGCUGCAGUAUAUCCUGGGACCAUGGGCAGAUACAGGUUAAAGGACAUUGGACAGACCGUCGGCGGGCAUAAGGGCCCUGAUGACGCCAUUAGUCUCGCUUCUCAAAAAUUCCAAAUCGGAAAUUUUAUGGACAUAGCAAUUUCACUGCCGCGAGAUCAAAGGCAGCAGCGGUAUUAACAGACUUGUUUGUAAUGAAUCGUGAUUAUUGAUCAACAAAGAAGAAACAUUUCACAUGUUUUCAUUCAACUAUAUUUUAGCAGUUGACCCAAAGUUUUUUGUAUCAAUUCAAAAUGGGGAUUGUCACCCAAAUUCUGGAAAUUUUGUGCUGAAGUAAUGCUGCUGGUCCGCUAUUGUGACAAUUUACAAUCAUUCUAACAUGGCUUUAUAAAACGAAACGGUUUUUAAUAAAAGAUGAGAAAAUUUUC